AUGGAGCCAAGCGAGCCUAGAGAACUUGUCGCCUUUCCUGACAGCCACUUCGCGCAAGAAAUUCAGAGAAUCAAGAACAAUCUGGCCACAUCUGGCUUCAAACACUUCAACCUGUCUGGACUUUCCGCUGGAUUCGACUGCUUCGAGGUGGUCAAAGCAGUACAUGAUCAUGCGGCGACCAAGAACUUGAAAUCCUUUCUCAUCGUGCCCUCUUACACAGAGGCAGUUGCCAUCAAGAACAGAGGAUUUUUUAACGUCUUGACCAUGGAAGUGGCAUCCCAUUUAAAAAAGACUGAUCGAUUCAAAGACCUCAUUGGAAGCAGAGCAGUGCUCUUUGUCAAGCUGGAUGGAAGCCGAACCAUUGCGUCUGACGUGGUUGGAUGUUUCAUUCAGAGGCUUGUCAAGGAGAGCGCCAAAGAUAACUAUGCCUGGAAUCUGGUCGUCAUGUCAUCAUUCUUCACACCCUCGCCUCCUCCCUUUGGAAAUCUGAGUGAGCCCGACAUGAACCUGGGCUUGUCGUUUCAGCGCUGUCUCGAGCUUGAAUCGUCGCAGCCCCCCGUCUCAAUGGAGGCCUUGGGCCAACAUGAAGGCUGGAACGACAGGAUGGAACGGCUGGUCAAUGAGGUCUUCCGCAAGAAUCGAAGCGGCUUCAUCGUUUGUUUCGUGCCCCGCCACCUUGUCCGGAUGGCGCUCGAAUUCGUCCCAUCCAAGGUCAUCUUGAGUGCUUUCGACCUCUAUGUGGAUCACGAUAGCUGGAUCGACCCUCGUGGCAAGCAGCAGAUUCUCAUGUUGGAUCCGUACAAUAUCCACUCCAACUUCGUCUGGAACAUUCCCAAUGUCACUGAUGUCCUCACGACGGGCACCAAGCGUGGCUUCUUCUUCGACCAGAAACUGGGACGGGUUGUCGAAAGGACCGUACCGCUAUCGCGACGCGAACUCUAUCAGCAGAUGGCCAUUUGUCGCCAGUCUCAAUACGAUGCGACUUUGCACUGUGACUUCGACUUUCUCGCAGCCCUACAGGAGCGACCGUGGGAGCCGGCGCCCCAAACGGACGACUCUUCGAUGUUCGAUUUCUUGAACAUCAAGAAUUGGCCCGAUCUACCUCCUUCAGCGGAUAAUCAAUCCAUUCAGGCACAGCGAGCUACUACUAUGAAGCGCUUCAAAACGCUCGGAUGCAUUGAAGACGGCGACGAGGAAGGCACCUAUCGCUUGACUGCCGACCUCGGAAUCAUGAUGCGCGAGAACUUGCAUUGCUUCCCUGAACUCAGCAUCAAUGCAGCCUGCAUGAUCGCAGCUCUGCAGUUCCAAGAUGCAUCUCCUCACGCCUACAGAACCGUCCUCCUCUUGGCAGCCAUCAUGUCCGUCGGCCUCGUCAGCACCGACAGUCCAAUGAUUAGAUGGCAUGACGGGGAGCCACCCGAGUUUCUAUAUGGUGGCCCGCAGAGGACUCUGGGAGACAUGCUCUGUGGCUCUGCCAGCGGUCUAUUUCACCGCGGAGCUCCUUGGUUGGCACUGGGUGUCUGGGAGACGUACCGAGUCGAGUCCGACGACUUCACGACCUCCGGGCUCGUGUUCAGAGACACCGGCGAGAACUGGCAACCUGUUGCCGAUGGCACCUUCAUGAUCGACGUUCUCCGCGCCAGGCAGGUUGCAGAGCUGGUUGAGAGAAUGCGCAACCUCUUCGGUGGCGACUUCCCGGACGUCCGACAUGACGAAAGCUCCCCGCCGCUCGAAGACUGGGAAUUCGAAAUCGUCGAGGAGUGCCUGAUUCACGGAUGGCUGAGCAACAUGUUGGUCUGGCCUGAGAACACCCGAAGAUUCUUCGACGCGACCACCGAGGAGGCUGCAGACCUCAAUUGCGACUUCGGCCCCGACCUUGACCACAUUGAGAAGAGUUUGAGCCAGGACGGCAACACAGAGUCGCAUAACUUCAUCCUAUACCACCACUUGGCCGAUCAGGAUGGUGUCAAGGCCGCUUUCGGGUUUGUUGUUGGCCUGGAGACGCUGCAGAGAGUGAUGGGCAGGUUGGUAUCCGACCACGACGGGGAGGAUGAGGGCUAG